CAGCUGUUCCCUACCCAUGGGGAGGAAGCUGGGGGCGGGAGGCAGCCCGGGUUUCCCUCUGGGGCUGAGGCAGUCACGUUUCAUUUCCACCCAACCACCGCUAUGGGGAAGGAAGCACCGAGCGGCACAGGGCACAGGCACACGGCACAGCAGGGGACUCGCCACCCCGCCAUGGCUCUUGGCACCUCAAGGAUGAUGUGGGACAGCAUGGAGGGAGCCCUGGUUGUCCUCUGUGUCCUGCUGCUGUGCUGCAGCCCUCCGCUGGCUGGCUGCCACCAGGUGACCCUCUUCCCAGCCGUGUUAACUCGUCCUGUGGGCAGCUCGGCCACUUUCAUCUGCAACAUCUCCAUGGAGAACUCCAGCUUGGAGUUCAACCUCAACUGGUACCAGAAGACCAACAACAGCAGUCCCCAAAAAAUUGCCGGGAUCAUCCGAAACAUCCCCCAGAAAAAGAUGGAGAAGUAUCGGCUCUUCAACGACACUCCUGUAUUCAAGAUGGAGAUCCUGAAUCUCCAUCAGAAUGACUCAGGCUUCUACUACUGUGGACUGAUCACCUUCUCCCGCUCUGACAAAGUGGUGGAGAGCAACCAUUCCCAGCUGGUAGUGACAGAAGCCUCUGAGAAACCAAACACAACUGAGGAGCCCAAUGAGGAGGAAAGUAGCCCUCCAGACCACGUCAAGGCCGUGCUGCUGGGCACCUUGCUGCUGGCUGGUGUGAUUGUGCUGCUGCUCUUUGGCUACAUCAUCAUCAACAACCGGAGGGCAGAUGUGCGGAAAUCAUCGAGUGGAAACACUCUGGUGGAGGAGGCAAAGCCACCUGUGGUGUCUGUGUCCACUGUGGACUACGGUGUGCUGGAGUUCCAGAGGGACCCACGCAGCCAGGUGCCCCCUGAGACCUGCCCAGCUGAGCAGACUGAGUAUGCCACUAUUGUCUUCCCCGAGGAGAAACCCGUCACACCAGAGCGAGGAAAGAGGCACAAGGAUGAGAGGACGUGGCAGCUGCCCUCACAGGCCUGCUGAGGGCCAUCUAUGUGCAAGGACUGGAGUGAUGGAGCGAAUAUGAGCUUCAGUGCUGGAACUCAUGUUGGACAGUGCUGGCUGUGCUGGUGACAUGGAACGAGCAUCAAGGAACAAGAACAUGUCCCUGCUGGAUGCUGGUGCUGUGCUUUGGGCAUCUGCUCUUCGCUGAUGCCGAUGGGGCUGUGCUCAGUUUUUACCUUCACUUGGGGUUUCUGCAUCGGCUGUGCUACCUCCAAUGCUGCUGGCAAAGCACGGCUUUGGGAGAGAGCCCCAGGGUGAGGAUAGAGGUGGUGCUGGAGAAUGUCCACACACUGAGGUCUUGUCCCAGCACAGGGCCUCCUGCAUGCACUGCUAUUUAAUGGACUGUUGGGAAGCAGAAAGUUGCUUUCCUUUCUUCAUCAGGCACUUUUCUCCUCCUCUGCGGGGAUGAAGGACACUGCCGGGCAUCCUGGGAAACCCUGGGAUGGGGAUGCUGUGCCUGGAAGGAACCAGAUCCGGCCAUGGGGAUGAAUAAAGGGUUUGACACCAGGGCUGUUUGUUGACUUCU